AAAGAUGGGUUUGAGGGAAAAAAAAACAGGCGCUUUUCGUAUUUGCUUUGCAAAAGAUGCGUUUUUUUUCCUUAACUGGUGACAUCCCUCCAAGCUCCACUUCUUGCUGACUGAUACCAGAAGCUCUUGCGGCUGAAGCCAGCAUGCGCCAAAAAGUGCCGAAAAAGAUCGGCGGAAUGUGGCAGUUUGUUUUCCAGACAUCUUUGGUACAUUAAUGGGUGUAAGGCGACUCCGAGCUGCACUUCUGAGGGAGAGCGCACGCAUCUGCGGGCCGUGACAAGGGCCUGCGGUGAAAAGGGACAAAAAAAUAAGAAGAGAAAGAGAAGAGAAAGAGAAGAGAGUGGGAUGGGAAAGGAUGCUAGUCCCGGAGGAGAGGCAUCGCAGCGCGAGCUGAGGACCACGAAAGCACACGAGGCUUGCAGAGAGGAGGGAGCGGGUGACCUGACAGCACGCGACUAGCACGGCGGCUUGCAGGCUUAGCAGAUGGUGCGAUGGGCAGAAGCCAAACCUAAUAUGGGACGAGUGAGCUAACUGUUUCCCUAUGGCGUCUCCAAAUGUGUUUGAACUGAGAAGUGUCACGGCCAGUUGUCACCACGGUCCCUCCCAGCCUGCUGCUUCAGGACCCAGGACAGCACCAAGCAGUGGCUUUGAAAAUGCCUCUUUUCAGAGCGACGAGCAGGAGACAUCCUUCGCAAGUACCACAGCGCAGCCGACACAUCAGGAGCCGAUGUGCGGUGGCACCAGAGAGGAGCUCUCUCCGAGGUCUGAGGAGGACCACUGUGCAGAGCAUGAUGGCCACUCCGUGGACUAUGGCUUUGUCUUUGCUCUGGUGUUCCUUGUCAGUGGGAUUCUGUUGGUGCUCAUAGCUUACACGAUUCCUAGAGAAGCAAAAGUCAAUCCAGACUUUGUGUCGGCCAGAGAGAUGGAAAAGUUGGAAAUGUACUAUGCGCAGCUUGGAUCACACCUGGAUAAAUGUAUUAUUGCUGGUUUGGGCCUGCUCACCUUGGGAGGGAUGCUACUUUCAGUGCUGUUGAUGAUUUCAAUAUGCAAAGGGGAGCUAUAUCGCCGGAGGACCUUUACCAUUUCCAGGCGGCCCAGAAAGACUUACGGCUCAAUUAACCUGCAAAUGAGACAGAUGGAGGCAGACGGCAGGCAGUCCCUGGUGGAUGGCAACCCUGGGGCUCCAGCUGGCUCCUUAGCUGAUGUUGAGGAGGCCAGUUAGGCCCCACCUAUGCCAAAGGAAAAUGAAUGUUUUAUAAAUCCUUCAAGGGAAUGGUAGUUGAAUAGUACAUGCGGGUCAGCUAAUGGGAUUCCAGGGUAUUUCAGAACAAGGAAAGAUCAAAUGGGUGAAACAAGGAAGAAUCGUGCAAGGCGUCCCUUUUAUAGCUAAUGAAUAUCUGAACACACUAGCUAUCUGCAGUUGACAUAAGACACACACACCAGCUGUAUUCUGACACCUGUGUCCAUUCAGUGCCAUUCUGCAGUGUAAAAGAAAAGCACAAUGCCACUCAGAAGCACCAGUGGGCCUCAACUAGGGCAUCUUCGUUAAUCCUAAAACACCUUGUCCAGAGAGCUAAGAACUGAGUUCACUUCACUGAAGCGUUGAGAGGCAAUUCUCCGACAAGUGGACAGCACAUGUGCUUUAAACAGAUGAGCCAGCGUGAGUUCAUCUUCCAUCUUUUUAAUCAUGUUUUAGCGGAAUGUGAGCUAAAGUAAAAGGGAAAAUGGAGGCAAACAUGAGAACAUACAGUACAGUACAUGAAUGCUGGUUAAAGAAGGAUGACAGCUUCAGACUACACUUGAACAAGACAAUCACCACAGCAAUACAAAAGCACGUUGUUACAUAAAUGAUGUCAUUUUGACCAGACUGUAAGUACGAUAAGGAUGACGUCUUUUUGAACCCAACAUUUACACUCACAAUCUGGGAGCACAGUUCAAAUAUAUGAAAUAUGAACGUCACACAAAAUUAAUGCGGCUAUCUAAUAAGUUCAACACUUGAAACGAGCAGUCAGUUCAUUGGUCUCUCUGCGUGUGUAGAGACUUUUUAAGGAAGUGGAAUUCUUCUUUGCUCCAGUUUUUAAAGGACAAAGGUAACUAAAUAAGGAAAGCAAAAAUCAUAGUCAGCAAACGUCAACCUGCCCAGAUAACAGAAGGAAAGCCAGCAAGAAAGAAAGUGGUCUUCAUCUGAAGUAAUCACUUAAAGAUAUUGUGGUGUCCAGAAGGUUAGCCACACAUUGACACGUUCAGUUGUCUGAGGACAGCAUUGAUAAAUAUCUGGCAAAUUCUAAAGAAGUUUUGAUUGUUCCUCAUAAAAUUAAUGUAAUUUUAGUUUCAAAUUUUAAAUGAAAUUGAGUUAUGAUGCACUGUUAACUAUACUGGUUCUUUAAUAACAUUUUACUGGGCUUUGUGGUUCCUUGUAGAACCAUCGCUUGACAAAGAACCAUUACAUUCUGGGAAGGGUUCUCUGCACGUGAAAUGUGUUCUUUAGGCUUUGUAAAACGCUCCUAAUAUGUGGACAAAACAGAAAUCUGUAAUGUAUAGUAGGUGACCUAGCCGGAUACUCACAGAUCGAGAAGAUCCCAACUUAGCCCGUAGCACUGUAUGCAGCAACAGUCCUUUUAAAAGCAGGAACCCCACUGGGAUUUGCAAAUCUGUUAUAGGAACACAAGAAACUUAACAAAUGAGAAGUGACCAUUCAGUCCAUCGAGCUCCUUCAUUUAGGUAAGAACUAAGCUGCCCCAAUGUCUCAUCCAGGCUCCAUUUAAAGGUUGUCAAGGUUUCUGCUCCAACUUCCAGAUUCUCACAACGUUUUACAUAAAGAGACACUUCCUGGCUUUAGUCUUAAAUUCACUUUCCCUUAUCAUCUGUUUCACGGUUAUUUAUGGAAUCUGUUGUGGAUCUAACUAAAUGAAGUUUCUUUCUGGAUCAUUCACAUGGAUGGUUCUUUUGGGAAACAAAAAUGAUUCCCCUAUGGCAUCACUCAGAAGAUUUGCUUUGGUAAGUAUGGAUUCUUAGGGCCGGUAUAUACUUGAUGCUCAGAACGCUUCAACACACACAUCAUGGCUGCUACACAUUCCGGGCGCUCUUUUGAGCGCUUCAUCGCAACAUUGCAGUACCAGCAAACAUUUGGGUGGGGUUUGUAUUCAAGUUUGGGUAUGUGACAGCAACAUCGCUGUUUACUAUCAACAUCUCCAUAGUGACAAAUAUGGCUGUCAGAACAGCUGGCAUCAAAUUGCCAGCUCUUUGCAAGUGGAUGUGGAAAUGUGCAAGAUGAAAUGGACGCAAAUUGAACUCUUUGAGGGCUGAAUAUUUUUUCCAGUUUUCUGAAAAGCAUACAAAGCAAUGGUUUCACACAUAAGUCAGCGUAAAGCGUUUUUUGCCACACCCCAUGGCUGCUGUCUGUGCCCAUUCGGCAUCUCUGGUGGCAGCAGCUGCACAGGGGCAGCUCUAUGACCAGCAGGAAUACGCACAGCAGUAGCAGUCGCAGUGUGAUGCAAUCUUGUACCUCUUGUCAUCGUAAGAGGCAGUCCUCCCAGGUGAACGUUGGCGUAGGGGCAUUAGCUACACGGACAUGUUCAGCACCACGAUCAGUGUAUGCUGGCCCCUCACUUUUCAUUUCCGAUCUACAGAUCACUUACGUCAAAAUCCAACAACUCAGAGUCCCACUCAGCGACACGAUACGCAAAACGUAUUCCACAGAGUAUUUCGUUUUGCACAUUCGCUUUGGUAUUUUGCCUUUUGAGGGGUUGUUUACUCUUCACUACCCCGGCACGCGCAGGAAAUCACCAAAUCAAAUCAACAAAGCUACCUUUAAAGAGAGUCGAACUAAAACAGAACGGCGAGUUUUGUCACAGCUUACAGCGGAUUACCAUCCUCUACCCCUGAACUUUGACAAAAGUCGACAUCCACCCUGAAAGAGUUAAGAUAGAUAUGUCCACACAAAUUGGAAAAUUUUCAAGAAAACUAGUGGGGAUUCAGCCAUUGCAAGAUAACGCAAUGGAGCGGCAAGUCGCAUUGCAGCUCCAACAGAAUCAAUGUGCCUGCUUCGAUGUUUGAUGAAUGGUUUAAUGCGGUGAAGCAAAUCAUCACAUUUAAAUGCUGACAUGUGAACUUUUUCAUGGUGCUUUUUGUCAUUCAUUUCUUGCAUAGCAAUACAAACAUUGCAUAUCCCCAUAGUAAUGACGCAAUACAUUUCAAGGUCUCACAUACCAUCUCCUGCGGUGGGCUGGCACCCUGCUCGGGAUUUGUUUCCUGCCUUGCGCCCUGUGUUGGCUGGGAUUGACUCCAGUGGAGCCCCGUGACCCUGUAGUUAGGAUAUAGCGGGUUGGAUAAUGGAUGGAUGGAUGGACAUACCAUCUUCUGUGUCGCUGUUGCCUUCUUUUUUUUUGUACCUUUGCAACAGCGCCUCACAGUGCCACCUGGUGGAAUCUUCCAGAUUUACAUAAAGUACACACGCAAGUAUAGUCAGUACUCUGCUUUACAAAGCAGCAGCAGCAUCCGCAUGCGUACGCGUCAUGUAGCAUCAAGUAUAUCCCGGCCCUUACAGUUGAGAAAGAUAAGACAGUGGUCUCAAUAGACUUCAGUCUUGGUAACUCUCCCUGGCAUGAUGCCCUUUGGGCUCCAGUCUCUCUCAAGCAUUGACCUCUUGGUUCAAAGUAAGUGUACUGACUGCAGAGGUGGCAGCAGUUUAAAAAAGAAACACAAUCAAGAGUAAAGGAAAGUAGAAACCAGCCAAGCGCAACCACUCGGCAAUUGAGAUUUGAGAACACAAGCUUAAUGUGCGUAGCGAAACUCAUAAUCAGAGGGUCAAGAACCAAAAUACGCAUGAAAACGUAAAGUGCACAGAUAUGGUCAAAAAGACAGAAAAGAUUUCAUAACUAGGGACCAAAAUAAUACACAACAAUAUCACUAGAGACUUUAACAAACCAGCAAGUGCACAACAUACUGUACAUUCAUGUUCGGUAAUGAUUCCUUGAGCUCUAAAACAUCUGUAACAUAGCUUAAAUUAUUUUUUUUGAGGUCAAGGAAAACAUAUUAAAAAAGAAAAAAAUCACGACAAUCAGAAGGCUACUUGCUAGAUGAAGACCUCUCUUUAGACAUCGAAUUAAGAAAACUCUGACGUUAGAAAGAGCCUUAGCACAGUCAUAUUUAUACCGAAUAUAUUAUUAGAAGGCAUAUCCAGAUGUGAGAAUGGACACUGGUCAACUGUUAUAUCAGAUACAGAAUGUUUUUUUUGAAAUGUGUAAAAAAAAAGAAACAUUUUGGAAGAAGCAAUGCUAAGCAAACCUGUUACAGAAGACACAUUUCAUAUACUGAUGAUACCUCCCUUUCAUUACAAAUGCUUAUAUAAGCUGUUCAGUUUCACAAAGUAGACAACUUUAAACAAAACUGACACUGUGAGCACCGACAUACGGACAAUAGUGAACUGCUACAGUAAGUAUGGCUGCUCUGUGGUGCCCUCUGCUGGCUGGUAAAAAAUGGGGAAAUCUGCCCAGCUGUAUAACACAAAACAGACAAACAACAACAGAUUCUUGGUUUCAUUAUAUCACCGGAUAACUUUCUUUGUAACUUCCUCCUAAAUUUGAAAGCAAUGAGGAAUAAGACUGUUUUAUAGAAGUUUGAACUUUGUUAAUAGACCGGACGCAUGGCAGCGACUGUGAGUGUGGCUGGCACAGAAAUCAAGUGGCCAUGCUUCCUUUUCACCCAAUACAUUUCUCACGACUGACACACAGAAUGUGGGCUGAGAGUGAAGGAGGAAAGCCUUUUGAAGAAUCCCGAGUCUGAGGAGCACUUCUUCUUAUCACGGUAAACUUUAACAGCACGACUUUGUUCGGAACCCUUUAUUUUUACAAGAGGUGGACAGUUGCAUGUCACUUCCACACAGAUUUUUGUGUUCUCAGUCACUACUUAGAGUAGAUGCUGUAAAGUUCCGGGUAAACGUUUGCCCGUCACUGUUACACAAAUCAAAGGAUUUCUACAGGAAUAAUUGCUAGGAAGCGCACCAUGUCUCUGACAACGUUUCAUUUACAAGCUAAAGGAGAUAAGUUGGAUUGCAAGGUGAAUCAACAGACAUACCACCUCCCUCUGUUAACAAAGAGAAAACAAUUGAGUAGCCCCCCCAAACGUUAAUAUCUAGCAAGUUCUGUAUCAAAAUUAAUUUAACAGAAAGUGCCCAUUGAGGGAAACAAGUAGCACAAGCUCUGCUCCUCACUCACUCCGCCAUAUAUAUAUACACACGACACAGGGCAUGCACACCAAGCGUACCGCAGACUCUCGAGGUAAUCGUCUUUCAUGGCUUCACACUGGAGUGCCUAUCUUUCGGUGAAAUCAAGGCUGUUAAGCUUCUGCAAUCUGCCAGUUGUCUGCAAAAUGACAUCUGCGUCUCUGGAGGCAGAUAAAACCAUCAAAAUAUGAUUGUGUACGCCGGUGAGCGUAUGUGUGUGUGUGUGUGUGUGCGCGCGCGCUUCGGUUUUUAUAUGAUAAGUGCACGUGUUUUUCUGUAGUAACUUUUGAUGUUGGGAUUUACAUUUCGAGAGUUAAUAGCAACCCAUUUCCCAUCCGUGCUUCUUCAUCCAUUUGUCUACUCUGUUUUCCUUCCAUGUAAUUAUACUUAUUAAAUAUGCUUUUAUGUUU